CCUCUCAUUUCCCAUCUCUGACUUACCUCUGUUUCUCUCUCAUCCCCUCACCCACAACACUCCAUCCACCACCACCUCACGAACAAAAUGGCCAUUUUACUCCACCCCCUCCUCGCCAAACCCAUCCAAAAGGGCAACCCCAACUUCUCCGGCGGAACCCUCAAAUGCCACUGCACCAGCAACCCGGUCACCGUCACCGUGACCAGCAACGUCGCCCACAACCACGCGUGCGGCUGCUCCAAAUGCUGGAAGCCGGGCGGCGCCCUGUUCUCGGUCGUGGGCGUCGUGCCCCGGGAGAAGGUGUCGGUGUCCUCGCACGCCGAGAAACUGGCCAUCGUGGACGAGGCGGCCGUCAUCCAGCGGCACGCCUGCACGGGCUGCGGGGUGCAUCUGUUCGGGCGCAUCGAGAGGGACCACCCCUUCAAGGGGCUGGACUUCGUGCAUGUGGAGCUGUCGGACGAGAAGGGGUGGCAGGAGGUGCAGUUUGCCGGGUUCGUGUCGAGUAUCAUCGAGCAGGGGUUUCCGCCCCAGAAAAUGGAGGACGUGAGGGGUCGGUUGCGCGCGUUGGGGCUGGAGACGUUUGAUGUGCUGGCGCCUGCGUUGAUGGAUGCUAUUGCGGCGUGGACGGCGGAGAGGGAGGGGAAGUUGAGGGCUUCGCUUUAGAAUCACUCUGGGGUGUCUGCGGGUGGAUCGUUGGUUUCUGGGGAAUGCAUUCUGUGACAGUGUUAGCGAGGGACUUUGAGGACUGUGUUGGGUUUGAAUGACAAUGCUAGCGCCCGGCUGACAGCAUGGCGAUGAGGAAUUUGCGAUGGGUUUGCUGUUGUGAACUACCCAUUUUUUGUGGUAAACUUGCGCUGUAGAUGUCAGGACGUGACGGUUGCAAGUCGAUGGUGGUUAGUUUGGGAUAUGACGA